AUGGCGACCAGCAAGGCCAGAUCUACGAUUUUUGGUCAACAACGAGACAAGAGAACAAGCUCCGGUUACCGAUGUCGUCUAUCAUUGUUACCUCUGUUGCUCGUCUCUCCGGUGAAACUCCGUCAAGUAUUUUCAAAUCCCGUCUCAUUCGAUUUCACCAAGCGUCUAGCCAAAAGAACCAAGAAGGCUGGAAUUGUUGGCAAAUACGGUACCCGAUAUGGUGCUAGUUUUAGGAAGAUCAAGAAGAUGGAAGUUAGUCAGCACAGUAAAUACUUAUGUGAAUUCUGUGGAAAUGUACAUCUUUUUGAUCAUGUGGCCAACUAUAUUAACUGGUGCCUGGAAUUUCUUUCAAUUCAAACUUUGAAGAUAACGUUGGAGAAAAGGAAUGAUGAUGGUGAUGGUAGCACGAGUGGUUUAUAG